AUGAAUGACCCAAACCUCGAAAGCGUACCCGCUGCAGAGAAUGAUGAUAUGGAACGCACAACCGAGGCGGCCACGACAACAGAGAGGCUUCAGGGUAACAGUUGCAAUGAAGAACUAAGUCAUGUGCAGAACCAACCAGAAGAAAAUGAGCUAGAAAAUGAUGAUGAGGCACUGCUUCGAGCGGCAAGCCUUAAUCAUUCCCUAACAAUGAUGCCAUCCUCGCCAGAAUGUAUUUCUACCGAAUCACCCAUGUCCCAUUCAACACCUCCACCCCCAAAUAGUGAGAGUGUUUGUAAUAAUAGUUCAUCCUUUAGAGAAGGUGAUCCACUUUCUCCCUUCCGCUUUAUCCAUCCCUCAAAGUAUGAUGAUGAUACUCACAGCCUUACUAUGGGCCGUUUGCGUUAUGACGAUGUUGGCGAAGAAGAGGACAAUUCUGUUCAUACCUCCCCCGCUGAUAAUAUUAGAAGUACUCCGGUUCCACGCUUGAUGUUUCAUCAUCGUCUUCAUCAGGCUCUCGAUGAUAGUGUUGUCAUUAGCACUCCAAUCUCAUCUACAUUACUCACCGGUGAACAGAAUAAGAAUUACGAUACUCCUCUCACCUUAACAAGUACCACUAAUUCUGAAGGCUCGCUUGUACAACAUCAGUUUUACAGGGUCCAAGAAACUGAUGAAUUUACCAACACUGAAAGUCGUUCUCCUUUGCCCUCCUUCUUCUCAACCUUAAAUAUCUCACCUUCAAUGACCACUUCGCCCAACUCAUUCGCUACGAUAUCAACACUCCCAUCAACUCCUUCAAUAGCUCAUCCGCUCAAUCGUGGUGGAUCAUUUAGAUUGGGCACCGACAGCACCUCACCUCAGUCUGCAUUAACCAGGUCCUCUUCGACAUCGAAACUUUUGCAACAGUCGUCUCCGUAUAGAUUUUUAAAGUCUUCCCUUUCCUCUUCAAAUCUAAUGUUAUCUGCACCUCUUCGCUUGUCAGAAAUUCCAAAUCAACUCAUUGAAGAUAAAUUGAAGGAAUUACGUAAACAAUUACAAGGUCAUCCUAUGAUAUCAUCUCCGAGAUAUUACACCAUCCCAUCGUAUCGAAGUGUAUAUUCACACUCACACACUGAAGCUGGAGUGGAUACAGAUCGGAUGUUGCAGGGCUUUGUUAGAUCCUGUAGAAAAGACAUUUAUCAAAAUGGAAUAUUAAGAGAUGAAUUCAAAAAACAUAUUCAGAACGUGUGUGAUUCAGAUGGAAGAGUAAGGAAAAAUGCUAUUGAGAAUAUCAAAAUACUGGAUAGGUCAUUUUCUACGUCCUCAUUGUUGACAAGUCAAGAACAUGCAAAACUGCAUCCACAUCGAGUUGAGUCUCUGCCUUCGUUCGACCACAUCCAACCACGAGUAUCACAUUUACCUAAACAACCUCCAACUCCAGAACCUGUUGAAAAGUUGUUUCCACCUUUCAGGUCUAAGUGCGCUCUCACUCAAAGAGUUAACUCCAGAUUUAUGGAAUGGUGUGAACAAAAGAAGGAAAAUAGUGUCUCUUGUUCGCCACUGAAGUCAUCCCCAAAAACACUCCAAGGAAGAAAAACGAGAAAAGGUGCGGAUAGAGAAAGCAAUGAUGCAUCUCUGUCCUCCUCACCAUCUUUAGUUGUUACAAAAGAAAAGACGAACGAACCUUGUCUCGAAGCUUCUCCUUUAUCAACUAAGAGACAAGACUCCAUUCAACAAAAUGGUCAAUUGAAAUCACCACGCACUCCCAACACAUCUUUGAAUAAGAGUCAGACUGCAUUGUCAAGUGGAGACAAAAAAGUAGCACAAAAUGAAGCCCUACCAUUAAGAAUAAGCGCUUUAUAUAAUUUAGCAAUGAAUAUCAACUCUCCUUCAAGACGAGAACAAAUUGAAAAAGAAAAACAAGACUUUCUCGACAAGUGCAUUUCUUUCCAAAAGCGAAAAUAA